GAAGAGUCAAAGGAUUUCUCAAUUUCAUUCUUAAUUUAAACAAGACAUUUUUUUCACUGGCCUCUUAAUUCAAGCUCUUUCUAUGUUUCAGCAAUUUGUGGGAAUCAUGGAGAGCAAGACGUGGAUAUGGAAUAGGAAGUCCACAGGGAAGAACAUUGAGAAAGGGAAGACCCUGGAGUUGGAGAAAUCUGUAGAAAACUUGAACGAACAACUAUCUUCUUUCCGCAGCGAGUCCAAUGCUAAAGAUGAUCUUUUGGCAAAGCAAGCAAAAGUAGCUGAGGAAGCAAUUUCAGGAUGGGAAAAAGCAGAAGCUCGAGCUCUGGAUUUACAGAAACAAUUGGAUAAUGCCUUGCUUCAGAAGAAAAUGGUAGAAGAAAGAUUAAUUGAACAGGAUAUAGAAUUACAAGAAUUCAAGCAGCAACUAAUUUAUUAG